AUGGCGAUUGUGGGUGGAUCAGAGGAAGCAGCAGUUGUAGUGAGGAACAAGCAGGUGAUAUUGAGAGAGUACGUGCCGGCGUCUGGCUUUCCAAAAGAAUCGGACAUGUGCGUGACCACCACCGGCACCAUAAAGCUGAAGCUUCCUGAUCAAGCUGGUUCCGACGGCGUUUUAGUGAAGAACCUCUACUUGUCCUGCGAUCCCUCCCAGCGAAGCCGCAUGACCAAGUACGAACCUUCGACCCAUUUCGUCUCCUUCCAGCCCGGUUUGCCAAUCAGAGGAUACGGAGUGGCUGAAGUUUUGGAUUCUGGGCACCCAAACUUUGAGAAAGGCGACUUGGUCUGGGGAAUAACCGGGUGGGAAGAAUAUAGCGUCCUUACAAAACCAGCAGCAGACACAUUGACUAAAAUCCAACACACUGAUGUUCCUCUUUCCUACUAUACUGGAAUCCUUGGUAUGCCUGGUAUGACUGCUUAUGUUGGAUUUUAUGAGAUUUGCUCUCCAAAGAAAGGACAGUACGUCUUCAUUUCAGCUGCUUCAGGAGCAGUUGGUCAGCUUGUUGGUCAGUUUGCAAAGUUGCAGGGUUGCUAUGUUGUUGGGAGUGCUGGUAGCAAAGAAAAGGUGGAUCUUCUGAAAAACAAGUUUGGGUUUGACGACGGUUUCAAUUAUAAAGAAGAGCCUGACUUGAAUGCAGCUUUGAAAAAAUACUUCCCCGAAGGCAUUGACAUUUACUGGGAGAAUGUUGGGGGAAAGAUGCUGGACGCAGUGCUACUAAACAUGAAGAUUGGCGGCCGCAUUGCCGUGUGCGGGAUGAUCUCACAGUACAACCUCGGCGGCCAGGCCGAAGGUGUUCACAAUCUAAUGUAUCUGGUUGCGAAACGUGUCCGCGUAGAAGGCUUCCUGGUUCCCGAUUACUACCAUCUUUAUCCCAAGUUUUUGGAGUUGGUUCUGCCUUACAUCAAGGAAGGAAAGAUUGUAUACGUUGAAGACAAAGCACAAGGCCUGGAGAGUGGGCCGGCGGCUCUAGUUGGACUCUUUACAGGCCGCAAUGUUGGAAAACAAGUUGUGGUGGUUGCUCCAGAGUGA